CGCAAGACAUUGCUGAAGAUGUUGGCUGUCCCAGUGUCCCACUGAUGUAAGUGAAUCGACGAGAUUCAACGACACGGUAUACCGAAACGCCGAAAAGACUGCAACGGUUCCAGAAGAAGAUGUUGUUGAGCUGGAGCUCGACAUAGAAAACCCAGUGCAUUGUACAAUAUUGAGGGCGAUGAUUCCAUUGAGUUGACCAUGCUAGACGCAGGAAACGCUACGUUCCGAAAACGGAAACGUACUGGUCACCGUAAAACUCUGAAAGACAUCAACCUCAGCAUUAAUGUAAAGGAAAAUGUUAAAACUGUCUCAACGACUCAACGUCAUUUGUGUCCCAGAGAUGAUUCCGUCUCAACGGUCGCUUGUUUGCGCAAUUUGGCUGGCAGAAUCUUCGCUGAGCCAAGCCAUACCUCAUUUUCCGAAUCGAUGGCACGUCAAUUUGGAUCGAAAUGCAUGUCGGACAAGUUGUUGCAGGCAUUUAAGCGAAUGCCACUCCUAACGAAAACUGAGGAAACCCAUCGAGACAUGGUCCAAGAGUUUUGUUCCGAUCUGCUAUCCAACAACCAAUCAUCUGUCACACCGAUAGCGAUUGUUGAAGAUUCUGUUACCAAAGCUCAUUCGUAUUGUGAGCAGCCAGAUGAAAUGUUGCUGCCGGAAGUCGAGUUUUCAGUUGACGGUUGUAACAGUCAACCUAUUGACAAGUUAGUUCCGCUUCCUGUUGAUCCUUCAACUUACGAUCACCCGGCUUCGCUUACUGCUGAACCCUCCAUUUACGAGCACAUUACAAUGGAAUUGCCUUCAUCUAUUCCUCAGCUUUUGGCGAAUAACGAAACGACUGAGCCGAUUCCUCGAUGUGAUACCGACUCUCAAAAACAGUUUGCUUCUCGAUCUCGCCAGAACAAACUCGAUUGGGGUAAAGAAGGUGUACUACAAAAGCUGAUGUCGCUAUGGAACAGUGGUGUCUAUCCCAUCGGUAUGAAAGACAUAAUGCAGGCGAACAAUCAGAGAAUGUCCGCUGCCACAGCAUUCUUUUCUCUCAUGGAGCUGAAUUCGGCUCGAAUCGGACUGAUAACUAUAACAAAGUGUCCCGAUUCCAACGUCAUCUUUAACAUAUCGAAGUCACCGAAGCUCAUUGAGUUGCAGGAAAAGCUGUAAUUGAUGACCACAAUCUUUUGGAAUGUGUGCGCAGAUGCACAGAAAUUUUAUAACUUUUUCAUUCUCUAAUUGUUUCUUUUGUUAUCGUUCGGCGAUGAAUGUUUUCUUUUAAAUUUUACCGAUCAUCUACCUACCAUUUGUUUAUGUUAUAGAGAAUUCUGCCUGCUCGUUGAAUCGAAUUUUAAAUUAGUUUUAUGAGCUUGUUUGUUGUUCAAUCUUCGUAAAUAAAUAUUGGCAUGAA